ACAAUCAGCAAUCUGGAGGUUCCAGUUUGAUCUUCAUCAACAUCAAAUAAAAAGAACCAAGCAUGCGUCUGAAGUCCUCAGAUGGACCAAUAUCCAUUCAUAACGUCAGCGAUGUCCUCAACUCCCCAAAAAGGAUCAACACCCUCCACAAUAGCAACAUAACCUCGAACCUAACGACAAAUUCCAACCUCACUUUGCAAAACUCGAAUCUAAACGAUGAAACAACGACAGGUCUGACUACAAACAACAUCCAAAGUUUCGAUACUCUGAACAACGUUCAAAACGAAGCUGUUAAACUGCAAUGGUCCAAAUCUGUAAGGGACAAGCAGCGAGAGCUCAGCAACAACGUGAACAAUCGACAGAGGAAUCAGUACGCGAAUAUCAACAACACGCUGGCUGCUUCUCUGAGAAAUACAACGCAAGCGAGGAGGGACAAAACAAACUCUGUCUACUCGGAGUCUUCGCCAGAUGAUAGCUUUUUCGAUUACGAAGAAGCUAACCACAGCGCAUCUUCAGCAGAUACAUCGCCUCAGGAUGAGGAAAGAGACUUCGACGUUUCGGACUCAGAGUCGUUCUCAGACGAGGGCAAUCUGAACCGACGCAGGCGAACCAAAACUGUGAUACAGCGGCGGGGCAUCGUCAACCCUAAUUAUCCAGGGUUUCAACACUUUGCUCACGCCCUAGACUACACUAUCAAGGUUUCCUCCGACACUGACCUAACCGACGACGACUAUGAGUGUGAGCUGGUUGGUACGGAGAAUAGGACGCAGUUUAUUGAAAAAAAUGAUGACAUCAACAACCUCAACAAUAACAACGUUGAAGAGACGGAAGACUUUCAGAUAGAUAAAAUAGAUAGUGUUAACCGUCUUGACAGCGUAGAAAAUAUCCAAAAAGUAUUCUACGAUAAACCAGUGCUCAAUCUAGACUGCGAAAAUUUAAACCAGAACUUUUCCGAUUUAGAAAGCAGUUCUAACAAUUCCACCCAACUAAGUGACGAAGACACUGUCGAAAAGGUACCAUUUCAAAAAAUCGAAGUUGAGUUGAACAUAAAAGCAGAAGAAGUUACGUACAAAUGUGCAGCCUUCAAAGAAAUUGAAGAUAAGGAAACUCAACAAGUCCCUAACAUAUUCAAUGAUGUUCAAACCUGCCAAGAAUACUCAGAGAUCACUUCAGAAGAUAUAGUUGGAGAUUUUGGGAGAGAAGUUGAAGAUGAGUUAGGUCGGAUAGCAUCGAAUAACUCUAGUUUUUUUACGAGCUCGAAUGCUGAUGACAUACAAUUUGACUUCAAGGUAAACUUUGAACCAUCUUGGGAACGUGCAGUGGUUCAAGAGAUCGAAGAAGCUAUAGGCAAACUUACGGAAUUGUUAGAUUUCGAACCUACAGCCAACACAUACCAAUACGAGCCUAAUACUGAAGAACCUUUCACCAAAUAUCAAGAGCCACAAGUUCUUUCUGAUAUAACAAACCAGGUCCUAAUAGAAAAUGAAUUGAAAGAAGCUUUGAUCGCCGAAAAUCUCGAUGAUAUCAUAUGCAACCAAACCGCUGAUAUUCUCGGUCUGACCCCCGAGCCCGAGGCACUCAAACUCGAAGAGAUCAUAGAAGAAACCAUCAAUAGACUAUCAGAGUGCAAAGAAAAUAAUCCACCUGUGAUCCUUCAAGACUCAAUAAUAGUACAGACCGACAUGGCUGUCAUACAGGAUAACAAAAUCCUUGAAAAUAUUCAAGACACAAGCGAGAUGAAAUCAGCUAUGGUUGGUUUGAACAAUAACAAAUGUAGAGUCAGAGACCACGAGAAGAUGGAAGUUGAAUCUGAAAUAAACGAACUAAAACGAGAUUCUAACAGGCAGUUGGAAGAAAUAGAAUGUCAGAUCAAGAAGAUGAAAUCGGACACAACGCUGAGUCCAAAGAGUGAAGAAGAAGUGGAGAAGUUCUGUAAGGAAGAUAGGGUUAAGGAUUAUAAAGAGAAGGAUGAGGAUACAGUGGUGAAGAGGAGGGACAGAAGUGAAGCAGUGGUGAGGAGGAGGAAGGAUUAUAAUCAGCAGUUUGGUAGUUUGAUCCAGUUUCCAAGGAAAGAGAGUACCGGAAAGCAUGCAGCUAAUAGAAGGUCGGUUCCUGCAGCCAAAGAGAAGAAGAAGCAGCAUUCAGAUCGUUUGGGUAGCUUCGAUGUCUACAACAUCGAGACGGCUAUGCCGAAAAUCGACAUGGAGGCCAUCGAGCUGCACCUCAGGGCUGCUAGGGAGGAAGAGAGGAGGAGAAGAACAGACAGAGAAGAGAUCCGACGGAGACUUGCUAUGGGUCCGGAGGAUGAUUAUUAUUCGGAUCGUCCAGGAAGAAAGCCUAGUCUACAAGCGAGACUUCAAAGUGGUAUGAAUCUUCAGAUAUGUUUUAUGAACGAAGCUCUAUCUGACACUGAAAGUCCUAGUUCUGAUUCAGAAUGUCCUUUAACAAACCCAAAACAACCAAAGGCAUCAACUAAAAAUGUGAAAGAAGAAAAGACUGUUGUUCCCCCCCAAAGGCCAGCAACUCUUUCUAUUGGAGAACCUUUACUCCAACCACAUCAUGAACCCUUGAAUGAAACUGACUUUUUCACCAAACAAGCUAGAUUACAGACUGAAGCCCGAAUGGCACUUGCUCAAGCUAAAGAAAUGGCAAGGAUGCAGAUGGAGAUAGAGAAACAGAGACAGAAAAAGAGCCCUAUAACUGAGAUGGUGAGGCACAGUUUAGAAAAAGUUGGAAUUCCUUUUCCAGAGGAUAAAAGAAGAUUAUCUCGUCAAAUACUAACAGAAAUGAACGUAGCACAACUUCAAGUUAUCGUAAACGAUCUGCAUACUCAAAUUGAAACUCUGAAUGAAAAUUUGGUCAAGUUCUUAAUGGAUAGAGAUGACCUACACAUGGAACAAGAUUCAAUGCUUGUGGAUAUUGAGGAUCUCACCAGAUAUUUGGGUGCCAAAGAGCAGAUACUGAAGGAUCAAACUGGACCAGUAUCGAAUAAUAAUAUUACUCCACCCUCGCCAGCCCCUCCCUCACCCUUAACUGUUUUAAAUAACAGUGUUAAGCCACAUUUACACAGGAUAGCCAGUUUAGUCAAGAAAUAAAUGGAUUAUUAAGGUGUAUCUGCUUCUGUAUAUAAAUAUUUUCUUUCAAGUACUUGGCUGAUAAGGAGAGUAAGUAGAACUGUAGGCUUAAUAAUUUUAUUUAGUCAAAAAAUAACCUUACUUAAGAAGGUGCAGAAUAAGGAGUCUAAAAAUUCAAAAUCUCUCCAGGGGGAUUAGAAAAUUAUACGUAACUAUUAUGUGUAAAAUAGGAACCAAAAAUUGUGACUAGUUUGUAGGAUCUCUAUUUUUUAAAAUAUGUAUUGUAAUUGUUCCUUUUUUAUUCUUGUCUUGCCCGAAUGUGAGUGUUAAUUGUUAGAACUUGAAGAACUAUUUUCUUAUGUGUUACAUAAUGUCUGCUUAGCUUUUCAUUAUGUAUACUGAAUUUGUUCUAAAAUAUUGCUGAGUAAAAAAGAUAAUUUCAUUGAUUCUUGUUCUGAUGUGACAAGUAUAUUUCUACGUUAGCUCUCUUCUAGUUGUUUUUGACAGCUUCAUCUAUUGACAAGAUUGUUUUUUUGCUUGAUAAAAUUCAUUUUUUAUAAUAUAAUAUUGAGCAUUGUUAUAUGAAUGCGAUCAUUGGUGAUAUUUUAUUUUUGACAUAUCCUUGUAUAAUUUCUACCUAAAGAAUAACAAAUAAUUGUACAUAGUUCUUUCAAUAAGUGUUCAGCUUAUGGAUGGUUGUGUUCUUUUGGUCAUCCCAUAAUUCACCACGUUAGAGUGACAAUAAAUAAGGCAACAUUUCAGAGAAAUUAACACAUAUAGGGUAUGGUCCGUAUAUCGCCGAGAAUUUAAGAGCGGUUACUAGUGGUUUUCAAUGUCUUCUUCGUAUUCACGGACCGCUUGACACUUGUCAAUGGUCAACUAAAUUUUCCAUUGACAGAAUUUUGGAGGUUAUAAAUGGCUGAUCUCUUUCAAUUUGUAAACAACUAAAUGUUCUUAUUGGCUCUGAAGGGUAUUUGUUUCAUAAUUAAAAUGAUAAAAUUUUUGAGUGUCAGAUGUCAUGGAAAAUAUUCAUAAACAAUAAUCUGAAAAUCAAAAUGACAACUCCCUACCGGAGUGGGCGUGGUUGCCGAUCCUAACCAAAAUAAAAGUAUGGUUGCUCUGGUGACAGAUAACUUACCGAAGUUUUAGGAAAUAGUCACCGGUUUUUAAGGAAUUUGACAUAUACGGACCACCAACUUACUAACCAUAGUAACCAAGGUGAUAUACAGACCAUACCCUCAGAUCAUCAACAAUUUUUUUGAAUUGUUGGUUGAUUUCUUUGAACUUUGGCCUUUUCCGAUUAUUGUGUAAAGUAGUCAACUUUUUUGGCAGAGUAUGCUAAUGGUUUUUUAUCAAUAAUUGCAAUGAUAUCUCGAAUAUUCAAGAUCUUGAUAUUGAACAAUUCAACUGAAGUAAUUCGAACAAAAGAAUUGUGAUGUGUUUUAUGGCUCUGAUUGCAUUGCCUGGUUCUAACCUAUGGUAAUAUCUUUAAUUUUUUCUAUACUUAACAUGGUCUUAUCUGUAUUUAGCAUAUUUGUAGCCAUUUUGGGUAUUAAUCUGUAAUUAUUAAUUGACUUGUGCUUCUGAGUCUACCGGAGGUGGAGAAAGUAUUGUAAUCACUUUUGGGAUGAAAAGAUUUUUGUCCUCCUGAUUUCAAAAUUCACACUCCCUCAAAUGCAUUUGAGACCAUCCUGAAUAACUUUGGUUUCGUAAUGAUCUUUGUCCUCACAUUCUCGUAACAGUCGGAACUUCUACAAAUAUUAUACUUUUCGAAUAAUUUAUUAUGGAUAUUUAGUUUGGGCAUUAGAUGAAUUCAGCUCAUCAAGAUAAGAGUACGUGUUAAUCAUGGGAAAACGUUAAAUUUCCGGGAUCUCAAUAUUUCAAUAUAUGGUUUGGAUAUUGAAGGUUACGUAAUUAGAUUUUCAAGGCCACAAAUAACUUACUGUGGAGGGAUGACUUAACACCUUUUAACAAGGAAGUAUAGUGCCACACUCAUUGGUAGAGUUUUUGUCAGUGGUAGCAGUAGUUUACUCAGUUACUGAGUAGUGAAUGUAAUAUGUAAUUAAAAUUAGGGUCAACUGCUAAUGUUUCAUCUAGAAUCUCAUCGAUUAAUGAUUCAAAAUAGCUACAAGUUUGCUGAUUGUAUAUUCUUGAAGGCAUUCACUGGUAGACACCAAUUUGUAAAAUAAUGACUGAUGCUUUUAUUGUAAAUACAAUGUAAUUUUUAAUGUUAAGUAUCAACACUUGGGAGUAUUCUUGCUUAAGAGUUGUUAUAGUGAAAUGUUUAAGAUAUACACUAUUUUGGUCUAUUUGAAUAAUUGAGAUGACUUUCAUCAUGUUUAUAUACUCUGAUAUAAAUUUCUGUCAUCUUUUUUUUUAUCAUAUUAGAACAGUUACUUAGACGUAUGAACCUAUCGAUGUUUUUUUGUUGCAAUCAAUUUGCAAAGUCCAAUGCUCAUCCUUGAAGUAAUUAAUAUGCUCAAAAAUGUAUACAAGUGAAAUUGCUGAAUACUCUCCCUAAAGGAACAAAUCCAGAACAUAACACUUGAGGUAAUUAUAAAAUGUAAGUCAGUAUUGAUGUUUUGUACAAUUGAUCUAUUUCAGUAAUUCGUCAUUUCCAAUGUUUGUUAUUUGGAAUAUAUCCUGAAUUAUCUCCUCAGAAUAUUGUGAUUAUGAAGUUAUAUCAAAUUUUUUGGUUUCAAUUAUCAGUUAAUGAAUUUUUCUACUAUAUUUUAUACAGAGGGCUUCAGAUAGAUGUAAAGCAUUUGAAUUAAGCAGUGAGAGAUUACGCUUAAAACGUAAAUCAUCUACUAAUUUCUCUGAAGAGUUUCAUUUUCUGUAAAGUUUACAUGUUAUUUAUUUUAAUCGGAUCAUUUUGUUAUUUUUUGUGCCAUAAGUUUCUUGAUGGACAUUAUUAUGUACUAAUAAUAUUUUUUUGUUGAAAAGACUGCACUCCUAUCCAAAGAUGUUAUUCCAAAUAUAUUAAACUUUCUCGAAAUAAAACCAGUUAGUCUACUGUAAAAUGUUAUUUAUUAUAAUGAAAAUUUCAUCACUUAGAUUAAACAGAGCUUGAAUAAAUUAUGAAAUAAA